GUUUGUUCGAUCAGUAUAGUAUACGCAAUCGCACUACUUUAUGCUGCUUUUUGCUUUGCAAUUCAGAACCGUGUCCACAAGUGGCCAUAAAAAUGUGCCUUCACCUUUUUUCAACUAUUACAACUCUUACUUUUGUACCUGAUGAUCACUAGAUGGGAGUCGCGAAUAAAGUUCCGCCGCCAUUAUAUUUAACCGGGGAAAGGCGAAACUGCGGGAUUACUCGCGAUGAAUAUCUUAUUAGCAUAGGUGGAACAUGUUUUCCAAGUUAUAUUAACAAUUCAAGAGGUCGAUCGAGCUCACAGACUACACUGAAUAUAUACCUAAUUAAAUAUGAAAAUAUAAAACCCCGUUUCGGAUGGCCGAGGGAAAAGUGGCUCGAGGCAUUUUUCCACGAUGACUCGUUCUCGGAUGACCAUUGAUACCAUAGAAAAGACAAAGUCGAGUUUGAUAAACGGUGAAACGAUGGACGUAACUUCGUACGUUUCAUUGAACCGCGUUAUUCUGAAAUUGACUGGCCUUCACCCAAAGAGCUUGCCGCGAACUUUGACAGUCGCUUUCUUCAUGCUCCUUAUCGUCGUCCCACAGAUUCAACAAAUUUAUUACUCAAGUAACCUCAAUAUUAUUUUGGAGACAAGCUCCGUCUUAUUGACCAUAAUACUCGCACUUUUGAAGAUGAUUGUUUGGACGUCGAGGAGAAGAGAGAUAGAUGAUCUGAUAACGUUCAUGUUCGGUGAAUACUGGAAUAUUGCCAAACAGAGGAGCGAGACAGGGGCAUCAUGCUUCCUCGGAUAUGCCUCAUUCGCCAAGAAAUUCACAAGGUGUUAUGGUUUUCUCGUUUUCAACGCCCUGCUCGUGUUUUAUACCUCACCGUUGGUCCAGAUUUACAUCUUGGACACCGAGGACUCGUCGAAUGGAACUCGGCCGCUUUUUUUCCCUGGUAUUUAUCCCGAGGGAUGGACGGAGCCGCCAUUUUACCAGCUAGCACUCUUGUCACAAGUUGUCGCAACGAUUACCUGCGCGACGGUUAUUUUAGCGAUCGACACCCUCAUCGCGUCAACCCUUUUCCACACGAGCGGCCAUUUCAGAAUUCUGCAAAUUAAUCUCCAACGCCUUGGCGACGAUACGAUAGACAUGAUUGAUAAGCGGAAGAACGCGGAAUCUUUAACGAUCACUGCGAGACAAAAACUGGCCACUUGUAUCAAACACCAUCAAAUUAUACUCAGAUUCUCCAAGAAUGUGGACCAUCUGUUCAGCCCCAUAAUGCUGUGCCAGGUAUUGGCCAGUAAUUUAAUCAUAUGCUUGGUUGGACUUCAAGUGACCUUGACGCCGACGGAUCGAAGUAAAGGCGCGAAGUACUUUUCCUAUUUGAUGAUGGCACUUUUUCAGCUGAUACUAUUUUGCUUCCCUGGUGACGGUUUGAUAAGUCAAAGUUUAGCUGUCAGCGACGCGGCCUACGCGACAAAAUGGUUCAAGCUUUCAAAAAGGUUGAAAACGGACGUGAGAUUAAUCAUCCUCAGGGGCCAAAAACCGGCUAAAAUUACCGCCGGUAAAUUCAACGUUAUGUGCCUGGAACACCUGGCCACGGUACUCAGCGCCUCGAUGUCGUACUUUACGGUUUUAAGAAGUUUGAGUUGAACGAUAUUGACUUUAGCAGGCGAGGUUUGGUCAUUGUAAAAAUUACCGGAGAAGUUUUAAAAACGUAGCAAUCACUUUUAUUCCUGUUAG